AUGACAGACAUCCAAUUAAUAAACAUAAAACCAACAAUAGAAAAUGUAAUACCAUACAAACAAUUUAUUGCAAAUAAUCCCAGAAUAAAAAACAUUCCUCCAGAUUCAGAUCAACAAUAUCUACCUAUCUUAUACGGUGGGGGCAGAGAUUAUAUAUUAUCUUUAUUAACAGAUAAUGUUUUUGAUAGUAAUGGUAACACUAAUAAUUGUAGUGGUGAAAAUGUUCAAUGCGAUUUGUUUAUAUUAGACAGUCACUUAAUCAUAUGGUUUGAUCUAAUACAAUUAGGAUUACAGAUUCCUUACAGUAAAAUAUUAUAUCAUGGCUACCAAAUUGUUAGCAUUAUGGGAACAAACAAGAAAAGUCAAUUGGUGUUAAGCAUAGAUAUUGAAAAGUAUGAAGAUAAGCAUAUAAUUGAGCAACUAUUUCCGGGAAAAAUUGUGGAUUUGAGUGGCAGUAUAGAAUUUUUAUUAGAUCCUUUGUAUUUUGAAAAUGAUAGACAUUAUAGCUUGAAUGGGAUUGAAAAUUUAUUUACAUUUAGUAAUUUUGGGCUGAAUAGAGGAAAUAACAUGGUUACGAACUGUAACACAGUACUGAGUGAACGAAUGGAAUACGUAGAUCAACAAAGUGAUGAUUUGGAGGAUGAAGAAAGUUUAGAUAUGUAUGGCAACAACAAUAACGUCAUGGAUUACAGUGGACUAUUAGCAAGAAUAAGCGAUAAUAACAAUACCAUACAAGGAUAUUAUGAUAAUAGUGGAUAUGGGGAUGACCUUAAUAAUCAAGCAGAGAAUAACACUCAAGGCAAUGCUGGAUUCGACCAUGCAGCUAGUAGUAGCAUGUCAAUGCAGUUCUACUCAAAUAGCAAAAUAGCUGGCAACAAAAGGCACGAAUCCGGGUAA